GCACCGUGCAUUGUCAACACAAGAGUUAAUUUAAUUUUAGCAAAAGUGACACACGUAAACACUACCAUUAAGCAAAGAGAGAAAGAGAACAAUAGUUGCGAAUAGAACGACUUAAGCAAACUGAGGUUAGCUAUGUUAGCUGGUCACCAGUCACCGUUAGGUUGGUUGAGCGUCAGCUCCGCCCCGUGGUUGCUCAGCUGUUCAUGUCAGAUAAACGUUAGCUAACGUUACGUAUUCAUGUACGACCAGAGGCAGGCAAAAUUGUAUAUUUUUCAUCAACUAAACAGUACAACAAGCUGCCAUGGCCUCAGGUGGGGCCCCAGUGCCAGGGCCCAGCCAUUGGGCCACCAAGGUCGAGCUGACCAUCUCCUGUGAGAACCUCAUGGACAUGGAUAUCUUCUCUAAGUCUGACCCUCUGUGUGCUUUAUACAUUAACACUUCAGGCUCCAACUGGUAUGAGUUUGGGCGCACAGAGAUGAUCCUGAACUGCCUGAAUCCAAAGUUUGCCAAGAAGUUUGUUAUUGACUACUAUUUCGAGAUGGUCCAAAGGCUGAAGUUUUGCGUGUAUGAUAUCGACAAUGACACCUAUGAUCUGAGCGAUGAUGAUUUCCUGGGGGAGCUUGAAUGUACCCUGGGCCAGAUUGUUUCGAACAGGGAGAUGACUCGACCUUUGUUGCUGGAGGACAAGAGACCCGCAGGUCACGGGACCAUCACAAUCUGUGCUGAAGAAAUAACAGACACGAGAGUGGCAAACUUUGAGGUGUCAGCCCGCAGGCUGGACAAAAAGUAUUUGUGGUGGUCGGACCCUUUCCUGGAGUUCUACAAGCAGACAGAAACCGGAUGGCAGCUGGCUCACAGGACAGAGGUGGUGAAAAACAACCUAAACCCAACAUGGAGACCCUUCUGCAUCUCAUUGCGAUCUCUCUGUGGAGGACAUGUGGAGAAACCUAUAAAGGUUGACUGUUACGACCAUCAUGUCAAUGGCAUCCACGACCUUAUUGGAAGCUUUAAAGCCACACUGGCAGAGAUGCAAAUGGGAACUCACAUUUCACCGGCUGAAUUUGAGUGCAUUAACCCAAACAAGUUAAAGAAGAAAAACUACAAAAACUCUGGUGUCAUUUGCAUCAAGAACUGCCAGGUGGUGAAGGAGUAUACCUUCCUGGAUUAUAUUAUGGGGGGAUGUCAGAUCCACUUCACUAUUGCCAUCGACUUCACAGGGUCUAACGGGGAUCCCAGCAGCCCCCAGUCUCUCCACUAUAUCAACCCUGAAGGCUAUAAUGAGUACCUGACAGCCAUCUGGGCAGUGGGUAAUGUCAUCCAGGACUACAACAGUAGCAAGAUGUUUCCUGUCUUUGGUUUUGGAGCCCAGGUGCCUCCCUCCAUGCAGGUUUCCCAUGACUUUCCUGUCAAUUUCAAUCCAGCAAAUCCAUUCUGUGCAGGCAUUGAGGGUGUGGUCCAUGCCUACCGGCAGUGUUUACCUCAGGUGAAGCUGUGGGGCCCCACCAACUUUUCUCCAGUUAUCAACCAUGUAGCCUGCUUCACCCAACAAGCCAUGCGGCAGAAUAUGGCCUCACAAUACUUUGUGCUGCUCAUCAUCACAGAUGGAGUGAUCACAGACAUGGACCAGACACGCACUGCUAUUGUAGAGGCCUCUCUUCUGCCCAUGUCUAUCAUCAUAGUGGGCGUGGGUGGGGCAGACUUCAGCGCAAUGGAGUUCCUUGACAGUGAUGACAAAUUGCUGUGUUCCCCCAGCGGUAAUUUCGCCUCAAGAGACAUCGUCCAGUUUGUGCCCUUCAGAAGGUUCCAAGGAAACAGUGUGGCCCUUGCCCAGAGCGUGCUGGCAGAGCUGCCUGAUCAAGUGGCCUCCUACUUCAAUUCUUACAAGCUGAAACCCCCCCAAACAGAUUGAGUGUUUCUGGCCCAUCCUAGAAAGAUGGGUUAAAUUAACCCAAAUACAUGUGCUUUUCCGCCUCUCCUGCACCAUAUUUUGGCAUUUAUUGUUUCGCGAAAUGGUGUAAAUCAAUGAAGAGAAAAGAAAGAAAAGAAAAGACGGAUGUGGGGUAAAAAAUAAACUAUACAAAGUAUACUUAAAUUUAAAAUCUGUGAUCUUAUUUUCUGUAAUCUUUAAAAUUUGACUUGAUAAAAAAUCCAUAAACAAAGAGCUGCUGUGACCAAGAGACCUGAUAGCUUGUAUAGUGCAUGAUAACACCAAGAAAUCCCAAUAAAAGUAAUCAGAAUAUCCUCUGUGGACUACAAAUAUAUCACUUGACAUGUUGGGAUGACUUUGUUGAUGAAAUGUCCCUGUGCCUUGUAUAUUGUCUUUGUUUUUUUCUGUCUUUUCCCUUCUCUGUUUGUAACCCAUAUUAAAGUUUUGUGUCUUAAUCCUCAAA